GGGCUUUCUGCAGCCCCACUCCCCGCGCCCGUCUGCUUCUCCACAUCCUCCUUGGCGUCUCCGUGCUGCGAGCGCUCCGCAUUUUGACUGCAUGACACUUCACAUUAAAACGAUCAUUACCUGACUCUGCUCUCCCGCUGCGCCUAUACAUACCUUUACAGUGAACAGUGGCUCUAAAUCAAUCUACGUGUGGAUCGGAGCAGUGCCGUGUCUAUGCACCUCAGCCACACCGCCCCGGAAAGGACUUCUCGCUUUUGAGAGCUGGAUAUGCAGAGAUUAACGUAAAAGGAUGGAUCUAAUUAUCUGUGUUUUGGGGCUGCUGGCGCUGGUCGUGGACGGCAUCCGCUGUCAAGGAGUGUAUGCACCUCCGACGGUCCGCAUUAUACACUCAGGGCAUGCCUGUAAUGUUGAAGAGGAGAGGCACACAGAGCGAGUGUACACCAUCCGGGAAGGGGAGACCCUGGAGCUCACCUGUCUGGUGACGGGUCAUCCUCGACCACAGAUCCGGUGGACGAAGACAGCUGGUAGUGUGUCAGACCGUUUCCAGGACUCCAGCGUCUUUAACGAGACGUUGCACAUUGCAAAGAUCCAGAGGACCCAGGGAGGUCGCUACUACUGCAAAGCUGAGAACGGCCUUGGCUCUCCUGCCAUCAAGUCCAUUAGGGUGGACGUCUACUAUCUUGAUGACCCGGUGGUGACAGUGCACCAGAGUAUAGGAGAGGCUAAGGAACAGUUCUACUAUGAGAGGACUGUAUUCCUGCGCUGUGUGGCGAAUUCCAACCCGCCUGUCCGCUACAGCUGGCAUCGUGGGAGAGAGGUCCUGACGCAAGGCUCAGACAAGGGUGUGGAGAUCUAUGAGCCAUUUUUCACACAGGGGGAAACAAAGAUUUUGAAGCUGAAGAACCUGCGCCCCCAGGACUACGCUAACUACAGCUGCAUCGCCUCCGUCAGAAAUGUGUGUGGGAUUCCUGACCGCAGUGUUAUCUUUAGACUCACCAACAAGACAGCCUCCCCAUCCAUCAAACUGCUGGUGGAGGAUCCUAUUGUGGUGAACCCGGGACAGACAGUAUCCUUGGUUUGCAUCACUACCGGAGGUGAGCCACCCCCCAUUCUCACCUGGGUCAGCACUAAUGACAGCCUGCCACAAAGAAGUGUGGUGAAGGGUGGCACACUUACGCUUCCAGCCAUCACCUCAGAUGAGGCAGGGGUCUACAGCUGCGUGGCCAGCAACAAUGUGGGAAACCCUGCCAAGAAGUCCACUACCAUUGUGGUGCGAGCUUUGAAAAAGGGACGGUUCUGGAUCACUCCAGACCCCUACCACAAUGAUGACCACAUCCAGAUCGGACGGGAAGUCAAGAUAUCCUGUCAGGUGGAGGCAACACCUCCAGAGGAGUUGACAUUUAGCUGGCUGAAGAAUGGCCGUGCCCUGCGGAGCUCAGAGCGUAUGGUCAUCACCCAGACAGAUCCUGACAUCUCACCUGGAACCACCAACCUGGACAUCAUAGACCUCAAAUUUACCGACUUUGGCACGUACACCUGCGUGGCCGCACUGAAGGGAGGAGGCAUCCCAGAGAUCAGCAUCGAUGUCAACAUCUCUUCCACAACUGUUCCCCCCAACCUGACAGUCCCACGGGGCAAGUCCCCCCUGGUGGCCCGCGAGGGUGACACAGUGGAGCUGGAGUGCCUUGUUUCAGGGAAGCCCAAGCCCAUCAUCCUGUGGUCGCGAGCGGAUAAGGAGGCGCCCAUGCCAGACGGCAGCAUGCAGAUGGAGAGCUACGAUGGCGUGCUGCGUAUUGUUAAUGUGUCCAGGGAGAUGACGGGCUCGUACCGCUGCCAGACCAGCCAGUAUAACGGGUUCAACGUGAAGCCCCGGGAGGCCAUAGUGGAGCUGAUUGUACAAUACCCUCCAACAGUGGAGCCCGUUUUCAUGGAGAUGCGUCAGGGCCUUGGAAGGCCUGUAGUGAUGACCUGCAGAGUGCUACGAGCCCAUCCCUCCCGUGUGUUGCGCUUCGAGUGGCUUCUCUCUAACCGGCUACUCCACGCUGGAGCCUUUGACGCCCAGAGAGAUGAGACAGAGUACACCAUCCGCAGCCUGAAUCGUGACGGUUGGGGCGAGUACACCUGUAAUGUCAUCAAUGAGGCUGGAGCUGGCAAAUGCACUUUCCAGGUUACAGGAAAAGCCUACCCCCCGGAGUUCUACUAUGAUACCUACAACCCUCUGUGGCAGAACAGGCCAAGGGUCUAUGGCUUCAAGCUGCAGUGGACCCAGAUGAACCCAAAUGCUGUGGACCGCAUUGUUGCCUACAGACUAGGCAUCAGACAGAUGGGGCUGCAGCGCUGGUGGGAGCAGGAGAUCCCCGUGGAUGGAACAAUCAACAAAGGAGAGCUCAUGACGCAUAACCUGACUGAGCUGAUAAAGCCUGAAUCUUAUGAGGUGCGCCUCACGCCCAUCACACGUUUUGGAGAAGGGGACUCGGCCAUCCGUAUCGUCACCUACAGUGCUCCCAUCAACCCUCACCUGAGAGAGUUCCACUGCAGCUUUGAGGAGGAGCCCAUCUGCAUGUUUACCCAGGAUAAGAAUGAUGAUUUUGACUGGACACGACACAGUGCAGCCACACGCGACACCAAGUAUACGCCCAACACUGGCCCUAGUGGUGAUCGCAGUGGCUCCAAGCAAGGUUUCUACAUGUACAUUGAGACAUCGAGACCGCGCAAGGAAGGGGACCAGGCCCGGCUUAUAAGUCCAUUUUUCAACGUAGCACCUAAAAACCCUUACGGGAUCACCAAUCCACCUGCCUACUGCUUUGGCUUCUUCUACCACAUGUAUGGAAAACACAUAGGAACACUAAAUGCAUUCCUAAAGCAAAAGGGUCAAACGGCUUCAGAGGGUCUUGUGUGGUCACUAAGUGGUAAUCAAGGUGACCGCUGGAAGCAGGCCAAAGUAAGCAUCCAUCCAACAUCAUCUUUCCAGGUCGUACUUCAAGGGGUUCGGGGGCCAGGCAUCGAAGGAGACAUUGCUAUUGAUGAUAUCACGCUGGAGGAAGGGGAGUGUCGAGACCCACCUCCCAAUCUCAGCGCCAAGGCUCUGUCCACAUCCUACCAUAUAUGGCUGCUAUGUGUCACCCUGGUGCUGACCCUCCUGGAAGGUCAGAGGUGACCCUUUUCUCCAUCAUCUCAGAGGCG